AUGACGUCUCUCAUCGUGCUCUGGUCGCUCGCGCGCUGCGUUAACCUCGAGGCGUUAACCUCGAGGCGCGCUGUCCUCGCGGCGGCACCGGCGGUGCUCAGCUGCGCCUCCAGCUCGCGUGCCGCAGACGCGAGUCCGACUGUGGUUGCCGUUGGUACUGUCCUGCAGAAACCCGACGCCGCCGUGCCAAGCGGCGCGGCGCUCUAUGUCACAGCUCGGCCAGCCUCCUCCGAAGGCGCGCUGCAGGCCGGGGCGAAAACGCCGCCGAUUGCCUCAGCACGCUUUGCGACGCCGCUCCUUUUCCCCUUCGAGUUUGUUUUGACAACCGACGAUCUUACUGCCGAGUACCGCGCGGCCGACGCCGCCUCCUUCAACCGCCUCGACCUCGUCAUCUCGGCGCGACUGGACGGCGAUGGCGUCGCCGCUACCCGCGGACCGGACGAUCUGGUGGGUCGAGGCACACUCAGCAAGCGAGGCUCGGGGCGCGCCGAGGAGUGGCGGCCGGCCCUCGUCGAGCUGCAGGGGCGGGGGCUGGGCGGGAGGCUGCUGACUGGAGGCUGA